AGUAGUGCAAUUCCCCAAAGGCCUGGCCUCCUCCUCAGGCUCAGCUGUCAUCUCCAACUCCAACCCUGAAAAGUGAAAACAAUGGCUUCCUCUUCCUCCAACUCGUUCUUCGACAUCGAGCCGCUCGAGUGCGGCGAGACCUGCCGCGCCACCAUGGACGCCUGCUCCCUCUGCGGGAAGCGCCUGGCCGGGGACCGCGACAUCUUCAUGUACAGAGGGGACACGCCGUUCUGCAGCGAGGAGUGCCGGUACCGCCGGAUGGUGAGCGACGGCGUGGGUGCGCGGAAGAACAAGAAGCCCUUCAACUUCAACACGGAGCACAGGCACGAGGCGCCUGCGGCCGCCCGGCCCGCCCGCGUCCGGAUCGCGGCAGACGUGCCCGUCGCGAACUAACCAGCAGGCGCAGAGCAGCAUCCGAUCGGCUCGAGUCGAGCAGGAGCCGACAGUCCGAUCGAGAUGAGUUAGAUGCAAGCAAAGCAACGACAGUCCGACCGGCUCGAGUAUCUUUGAGUUCUUUCUUUCUCGUUGUUGUCGAUCACGUUUUUUUUUUGUAUGUGAUGAGCGAGAGUGUGAGAGG